UUGUCGGAAGCAAACCGAACGCACCCUCUCGCACACCAGACAGCACGCACUCCAAUUAGAUCUCCCCUAAAACGAAGAAAAAUGCUUGGUGCUGUUGGUCGUUUGUGUCAAAGCGGCGUACGGAGUUUAGUUCGAAGUGGUUCCGCGAACUUUUGCAGAAUGGUCGAUGCGAAAUUGGAAGCUGUUCCGGAAGUUGAUAUUGACGAGGGCAUUUUCAAGUAUGUUUUAAUUAAAGUUUACGGCAAGGAGCAAAGUGAUGGAAUGGAGCCGAGUAAACUUAUUGUGCGCGGAUUCAAUCGAGCCCAGUGGCACUCCGACAUUUACGAUGAAGUGAGAUCCUCGGUUGAAGGACUUGGCUUGGAUACCGAAUGUUUAGGAGGUGGCAGAAUUGAACAUCGUCCUGACAACAAAAAAAUUAAAGUCUACGGUUAUUCUCAGGGAUUCGGUAAGGCAGAUCAUGCGAAAACUCGAGAUAUCCUUAAAACGAAAUAUGGUAACUACGAUAUUGAAAUCUCCGAUGGUGGAUAUUAAAUUUCUUUUCAUAAUUAGCGUUUCACUACACAUCAUUGUGAUUGUAUCAUAAUAAAGUAAUUUUUCUGCUUAACAAC